AUGCCAUACCGCGCUAUACAGUGCUAUACCCCGCUCACCUUCACCAUGCUGCAAGGGACCCGCAUCUCCGAGGGCAGCUCUGUCUUCUGGGGGAACGCCAGCCUGGACGGGCAGCUCAGCCACCUCCUGGAGGGCCUUAAUGUCACCCAGGUGCUGCCACUGGAGCCCCCGGAUGCCUGGGCCAGGCUGCAGCAGGACGUGACCACCUACCUGGUCUACUUCGAACAGCUGGUCAGCGUCUUCAGCAAGGAGAGGCCCAUCAACUACACCCAGAGUCUGCUCUGCCACUUGGGCUGCUGCCUCUUCCCCAACGGCACGGCCCACAGCUUCUACGAGGUGACCCUCAACGGGACGGCUUUCCUCAGCUUCCACGUCCCCAGUGCCACCUGGGAGCGGCGCUGGCCCGGCAGGGAUGCGGUGGCCACCUUUGCCGAGAGGGAGCUGAUGAAAUACUCCGAGACCACCCGGGACCUCCAGCAUUUCCUCAACACCACCUGUGUUGACCUCCUGCGGGCUCAGAGUCCCUGGACAGGGAAACAGAGCAGCCGGUCGCAUGCCCCGCUGGUGCUGGGCCUGAUCCUGGGCACCUUCGCCUUGCUGGGAUCGGCCGUGGGGAUCUUCUUGUGCACAGGAGGGAGCUGCUAA